ACACACACAUGUGAAAGUCAAAGUGAGAGGACAGAAAAGCUCCACAGAUAGCAAAACUGUUUCCAGUCCUUGAUUUUCCUGGAUUUCCAUAACUAAAGCCUUGGACAGUUCACUUAUGUCUCGACAGGUGGUCCAGGUCCAGCCGGAGAGCAGGGUUCAGGGGCCAGGACAGUGGAGCACUGGCCUGUGUGAGUGCUAUAAAGACGUGGGAGACUGUUGUUUUGCCCUGUGCUGCCUCCCAGUGUUUACCUGUAAGGUGACCAAUGCAGUGGGUGCCUGUCCCUGCCUGCCUCUGCUGGACUGUAUCGGCUGCGUACCACCGGCCUCUCUCGCCAUGAGAGCAUCUGUCAGGGAACGAUAUGGCAUACAGGGGAGUGUGUGGAGCGACUGCCUGUAUGGAUGCUGCUGCUAUCCGCUAUCUUGGCUCCAGAUCUCCAGAGAGCUGAAGAGAAGAGCAGCAUCCCACGCCUCCUCCUCCUCCUCGGUCAGAUACACUUCUCUGACCUCCCUGCAGGGGGCGCACUUGGUCUAGGCACAUGCGGCACUCCUGUGUUCUGCUGCAGCCUGCCCUCCAGUGUACAGGAGUUGAUUUAAUCACACUUCCUCUGAUCUGCAGCCACUCCCUGUUACCUCAGAGAAUUCAGCAGUAACAAAGACUGUCCCACAGCAAGGAAAGUUCAGUUUGUCCCAUGAUGAAGUGAAUGAAGUGUGAAAAAUGUAUUAGAAUAGUAGAGCAGGGCUAAUUUUGCAUGUUAUUAUAUUUAGCAAAAUUUGCUUAAUGUUUUCUUUCAGUGGUGGAAAGUAAAUAAGAGCAUAUAUUCAAGCCGUGUAUUUAAGUACAAUUGUGAGAUACCUCUACUUUACUUGAUUUCAGAGAGAAAUGUUGUACUUUAACUCCACUACUACUUUUUUAUCUGACAGCCAAAGUUACUAGUUAACUUUCAGUAGAUUUUACU